GUCUGUUACUCAGGGCUCUACAGUUGCACAACCACUUCCUGUUGCAAAUCCUUUUGGAACUCUACCUGCAAUGCCUCAGAUGUCAAUUGGUCGUUCAGGGACUGCACCUUCUAUUCAAUAUGGAAUUUCUAGCCUGCCAGUUGUUGACAAACCUGCUCUGGUUAGAAUAUCAUCUUUGUUGACUUCUCGCCACCUUUCUCAAAGGCGGAUUAGGUUGCCUGUAAGGAAAUAUCAUCCUAAAAAUGAUGGUCCAAAGGUGAUGAUGAUUCCUCUGGUAAAACUUAGUAUCUCAUUUUAAAAUAGAAAUUAUUACACUUCAUUGCUUAAUUUUGAUAUCCUGGUGCCAUUUUUCACUGAUGAUGAAGAAACUCCGAGCACACCUAAGGCAAAUGCUCUUUUCAUUCCCAGGGAGAAUCCUAGAGCUCUUGUUAUUCGUCCAUUGGAACAGUGGCCUCCAAGAACAAAUGUGGAUAAAGCAUCUCCAUUGAAGGACACAUCUAGUCCAACACAUGAGAAUGGUUGAUUCUUUUGCUGUUGCUCGUGACAAUGAAAUGCAUGAAGCUACACGUAGAAUCUUAUCAGUGUUAUUACGGCAGAUUGAUGGAUUUGAGCAGGAGAAAAAAGUGGUGGUCAUUGCUGCAACCAGCAGAAAGCAAGACCCUGAUCCUGCUUUGAUUAGUCGGUUUGAUUCUAUGAUCACCUUUGGCUUACCAGAUCAGCAGACCCGUCAGGAAAUAGCAGCUCAGUAUGCAAAGCACAUGGCAAAAUCUGAUUUAGCUGCAUUUGCCAAGGUUACUGAAGAAUCUAUUAAAGUGAUGAUGGAAUCAGGUUGUGAAGAGGUACUUGACUUUCAGAAGAAAAAAAAAAUUUUCCUGAAUCUUCAAGGGUUUUUUGGAGAAGUUUUUCGUGGCAUUUGGAAUGGGACAGAUGUUGCCAUUAAAGUUUUUCUUGAACAAGAUUUAACUGUUGAGAACAUCGAAAACUUCUACAAAGAGAUAUCUGUUUUAAGGUUUGUCUUAAUUGAUCUAUUUGCAAUCGUAGCUUCUCAUAUUUCCCCUCCUCCACUUUGUUCUUGUCCAUGCAAUUGACUUUUUCUUUUCUUUUCUUUUCUUCUUUUCAUACACAGCCGUCUACGCCACCCAAAUGGUAAUGUCCUGCAUUUGUUUGAUCAGCUUAACUCUGCCAUAUUAUGUUUACACUUUACACUAUAGGAUUUGUGAAUGGAAAAAACACUCAAUUUUUUUCUUUUGAUGUUCAUAUCAGAAAUAAUUUUAGUGUAGUGAUAUGAAGAAAAUAAUACAUUUUGUUUUUCUAGAAUGACCAUCAAAGUGUGAGACAAGAGUAAUAAAAAACAAUAUGGCUUUGCUUACUUCUCUUAUAGCCUUUUUCUACUUAUUCUUCCCCAUUACUCUUCUCCUCCAUUUCUACUCUUUUCUCCAUGCAAUAGAUGAAAUACAAAGAAUUAUACCUACCAAUUCUGAUCAACAAUUCACUAAAUUAUAAAACAAUUAAGUUCCUUUAAGAAAAAAAAGAUAUCAAUCCAUUGCUUAAAGGUUACAAGUGACAAUUAAGUGUACUGUUGAAAUGCAAUUAUCUUCAAUUAAGUGUACUGUAUGUUUUUGUUGGUAACUUGGCGAUUCAAUUUCUCAGUUUUCUUUCAAUGAGAUUUGAUCGCUUUAUGGAGAUAUAAAUGUACUUUUGGUCCAUAUAUUUCUCUGUUUAUGGUCUAUAGUGUUUUAAUUGGAUCAUUGACAUAAUUACACAAGUCUACAAGACUCAGAUCCCAUUUUUUUUAGUGUAAUUAAAACCAUGAAGUCAUAUGACAUGGUUUUCUUCUAUGUUCUUUGGACCGGAAUGUCUACAACUACAAGUUUAUUGUCUUGAAAUUUGUAUUUACAUGCAUAUUCUUGGCAGCAUAUUUUCUUGUAUUUGCAUGCAUUAGUUGAAAUCAAGUAGGUUGGUGGCUCUAUUUGGUGCAGUUUACUA